AUGGACGAGCACUACGGUUACAUUAUGGAUGGGCCAGACGCUGAUCAAUGCCGAGAGCUCCUGUCAACCAUGAUCGAGUUCGUUCAUGACAACGGCCCCUUUGACGGAGUUUUUGGGUUUUCGGAAGGUGGUAUGAUUGCAGCUCUGCUCCUUGUCGAGGACGCCCGCAGGCCAUUCGCAGGCUUCCGGUGCGGGAUUCUGUUUAGUGCCGCUCCACCCUUUGACCCUGACAUUUCUCAGACUACCGAUGAUAACGUCCGGGCACUUGGGAUGAACGCUACCGAAGAUGGUGUCAUUAUCAAGGUGCCCACAGCGCAUAUCCGCGAAUCUAGCCCACCGCCGUGGCUCUGGCGCUUCUCCCCACUCGCUCCUCUGUGGGCGAAACACGAUAUGGGCAACCCAACCCACCUCAACGAGGCAAUGAUUGGGCUGUGUGAUGGCGGUGUACGCGAAGUGUUUACCCAUCAUGAUGUAGGCCAUGAUAUCCCUGGUACCAAGUCCAAAAUGGAGCUAGCCGGAGCAUUAAGAGCUAUCGAGAGGACAAUCGAGCGAUGCCAAGAUCCGUAA